UAUUACGUUUAUCAGCGUUACUUCACAUUCUGCAUCAAUAUAUCAAUCCUGUUCUUGGUGGUGAAGUAAUGGAAAUCCAGCAUGUGAUACCUCGGAAGCGAUUACUGCAAGCGAAGACGCUGUAUAAUAGUAUCGUACAACACAAGGCAUUGUUUCUGCAGGCCGUAUCACAAGAAAAUGGCAAGAAAGUACAUAUCAAGUCAACAAUGACAUUUAGGGAGAGAGUUGUUAAUGCUGUAUGCAAGAGCAGAGGACCUGCAGUAAGCACCCGUGCAUUACAGCGUCAAAUGAAGGGGGCUCUAUCUGAUAGUGUUAAAGUUGAACUGGAAGAACUGCAGAGGACAGGAUUUGGUGUCUUGAAAAAAGUCAGGUGUAGUGUGUUGUUUUUCAAGCUGCCUGGUUGCCUGAUAGACUCUGAAAUUGGACCGCACAUGUCAUAUCUGAAGAUUGCGGGACUAGAUGUAGAAGGGUACAGCGCACUGGUCAAAGACAUGAGCAGGAUGAACGCUGAAUUAAUACAAAUAUGUAGGAUCUAUCACCCGCAAUCAGCAAUGAUGGAAAUUUAAUUGUAGAUAUUAAAAAAUAAAAGUAUCAAAAUGUUUAUUUAUAGAUUAAUGUUUUUUUUUUUUGGUCUGUCAACCUGUCGACCUGUCAACCUGUCAACCUGUCGACAUGUCAACCUGCCGACUUUUAAACCUGUCAUCCUGUCGAACUGUCAACCUGUCAACCUACCGACUUUUAAACCUGUCAACCUGUCGACCUGUCAACCUGUCGACCUUUGAACGCCAUUAUAUUCACAGAUUAAUAUCUUUAGAUUUUAUUAAUUACUCCCGAAUUACUUUUUUAAUUGAAACAAUAAUUAUUAGGAAUAAGGGCUAUAAGAUUUAUUUGUAUUCUGAAGUAUAUAGCCUCAUAACACAAUUCAGUAACCAAAUUACUCAUUUAUUACACCAGAAUUAUUUUUUGCUUAUACUAUAC